AUGAAUCCUUGGGCAAUCAGGUUGCUGUGGUUGCUGUCUGCAACGCUGGUUUUUGUUGCAGGCAGAAGCAGAAAUGGUUUCAUAGAUCCUUACGAGAAAGUAAUAAUCUAUAACGAUUUGGAAGAAAGGCAGGAUCUGACCAUCCAUUGCAAAUCCAAGGACGACGACCUCGGCGUACAUGUUCUUUCAUACGGGGAAUCCUAUGAUUUCGAAUUCAUACCACGGUUGUUCGGGCGGACCUUGUUUUUCUGCCGCAUGACAUUUAAUGGAAAAUCGCAUUGGUUCGACGUUUACGAGGGAUAUAGGGAUGGGGAAGCGAAUUUUGGUUGCCAAGAAACCGAUAAUUGCGAGUGGAAUCUGGUGUCGGCAACUAAAUUCACAUCUGCUGGUGUUUGCAUGUCUAUUGUGUUUUAUCUUUAA